AUGGAAGUGGAUUUAUAUGCUACCGAUUGGACGCAUCCUGAGAACAGCAGGUUGCCUCUUAUAGACGAGACCUCAGCUUUGGGAACACAGUUACCGAAAGACAGAUUGAUAUCAGUAUUGGACCAAGUAGAACUUCGUGUAGAGCGGCUGAGAAGAGACACAGUAAGAAUAGAAGAGGAAAAGGAUUCCCUUCUAUCGACAUUGGAUAGCGUCAAGCACUCUGAAUUACUUUCGGACAUAUCUGACUGUGACAAGGAUGACAUCAUGAGAUAUGCGGACCGUAUUCUCGCCCGUGCCCUAACUGUGGAUGUUGCCGUCCGUACUGACCGUGACCCACAGCAGGAAGAAGCUUUACACCAAGUGAAUAUGUACAUCGACCAGCUAGUAAUGUCCGUCCACGACGAUUCUGUGGUUGCCCACACCCGCUGUCAGACCUACAUGAACGCUUGCACGUCCCAGCCCGACCCCACCACGGGUACGGACAAGAAUUUUGAGACCGCUAUACUCGGAUGUACCUUGGAUGACCAGAAGAGGGUGAAGAAACGGCUACAAGGCCUCCUCGAGUAUUUUGCAAAGCUCAAUGUGACGUCAUUCUCGUGA